AUGACAUACAAUGCACAAUCCUCUUUUAGUAGAAACCUAGCGGUAAGCAAAAACUAUAUAAAUCGGCAGUUUCAGAUCGAUAUAGUCACAAAUCAUAUUUAAUUAAUUCAUCUUCUAUAGUUUUAUAAAAUUUGUAAAACAAAAGAACAAAAUCUGCGAUCACAAGGUGAUCAAUGCAGACUAUGUGGAAACAUUACAGAUACACGCUAUCUUGCAAGAGUUUUCUCAAACUCAGGAAUACAAAAGGAUUGGCAACGAAAGGUGUUGCAAACAUGUGCCAUAGUCAUAGCUGAGACAGAUUAUCUUCCAACAGUCAUUUUUCGAAAAUGUGGAAACUUUGUAAAUAAGAUGUGGGAAUUCAGACAACAAAUUCAAGGAGUUCAAAUAACACUGAGACAACAAUUUAGUGUUAAACGUGGAAUUGCAACCUCACCUGCUGCUUGCAAACAGCCUGCAAAGCGCAAUGCUUUUGUGUCAAAUGAUGAUAACAACACAAGAAGGACACUUGGUUUUGAUAAAAUUGAUCACUUACAAGACAUGCAAUAUAGAACUCAGAUGAACAUUGAUCAUAGUAGUAAACCACAGACACCAUCUGUGCAUUAUGUUUCUGUGCGGACUAUUAUACCAAGCCGCCAAUCACAUACGGAGCCUCAACCUUCAUCAGUCCUACCACUUCAUCCUUCCUCAGUAUAUGUUUCCCAUUUUAAUACAUAUGUCACAACACCCAUCACAUCAGUUCAGCAAGCAAAAUUGGAACGAGCAUCAAGGACAAGAAUACCUUCUGCUGUUGCAGAUAUAGUAACAGAAGCCUGUCCAUCUGUUGAAGUUGCAAUAAAAAGGAACAUUUUGCAUAAAUGUAAAGUGUCUUCUGAUGCACUUUGCAAACGAUCCAGUCAUUCAUCAGUGUUGUAUGCAAGUAUGGAACAGUAUACGAUUAUGAAGGAUUUUAGCAUUGACCUAUUGUGGAAAGAAAUGAUAACACAUCAUCCAUUUCUUAUUGACAUGUUAAAUGCUAUGACAGGAAAAGAAAUUAACAUUAAAAACACAACAGAUGAGUUGAAAGUUAAAUAUUGCUUUAUUUACUCAAUCAUUAUGAACAUUCGAUGGCAUGAACUUAGUUUGUUUCAACGCAUCAACACAGUUUUAUUAAUUGAAGGUGGAUGUGGUAAACAG